AGAGAGAGAGAGAGAGAGAGAGAGAAAGGCAUGAGUAUAUGGAAGAUGGAUGAAUUUAUCAAGUUUUGUGUGUGUGUGUGAUAGAAUAGUGGGUAUGUAUGUGAAGGAGAAGGAUGGUUUACAUAUGGGUAUGUUCUCUGAACAAGGAAAGAUAAAAGCAUGUGAAAAAGGAACAGGAGCUUGAAUAUAUAUGUAUGAGAAAGAUGGCAGGUCUUCAUGUGAUAAAAGGUGGGAUGGGUGGGGUCUGUGUUGGGAAAAGAGAAUGGGAGUCUUAUAUAAGAAGGAGCAUAGGAGGGGUAGAACUAUUUUAGAAGAUACAGAUCACUGUUAACAUGAGGGAAAGUUAAGGAAGUCUAUAUGUGUAUGAAAAGGAUAAUGUGUGAGGAGGGGGACUGGGGAGUUGUGGGGAGUAUGGUGUUCUGUGGAGAGUGAGGAAGAGGUAAGCUUAAGGGAAUGCAUAAGAAAAAUGAAAGUGUGUAUGUGGUAGGGAGGAAAGGAGGGAAAAGAGGGAGAGGGAGGAAGGGAUAUUUGUAGGGAUAGUUGUUGAAAGGAAGGGAAAGGAUAUAGGUGUGAGGGGGAAGGGAUUGGAUAGAGCUAAAAUGAGGCUAUGAUAAGCAGACAUUAAUAUAUAAGAUAGGAUACAUGUGUGUGAGAGGAAAGCAGUUUAUGAGAGGAGAUGUUUAUGGGGGGAUAGGUGUAGGGAAGAGAGAUAGGUGAUGAAUGGGAGAUGCAGGUAUAUUUGUGUGAUAUGUAAGAGAACGGAUACAUUCUCCUAGAGAGGAGAGGAGUAUCAAUGCUUUGUGUAGGGAAAAAAGGGCAUAGAUAUUGUGGAGGAGAAGGAUGAAUGGUGGUAUAGGGUUAUGGUUAUAUGUAAGAGAGAGGCAUCUUGUGUGUGAGAGAGAAUAGAGAUGGGUAUUUUGUAUGUGAAUGUCAAAGCGUGGCAAGGCAGGGAGUGCAGUGAAGAUAGAAUGGCUAUAAAAAGUGAGAGAAAAGCUGGAUGUGUAUAUGUAAAGGAGAGAAGUGAGAUGGAUGUGUAUGAACCAAGGAGGUGCUAUAAGUAAGAAGGUGGAAGAUCAAGAUUGUUAUGGAUAGGAAGAAGGGGAUAUGAGUUGUGUUUGUGUGUGUAUGUGAGAGAGAAAGGGGUGGGAGAAAUAUGGGUAGUAUCGGGGGAGAUGUGGGAUUUGUGUGUGAGGAGAGAGAAGGAGAAUGGGUAUUGUGUGAAAUCAAGAAAGAAGGCAGCUGUGUUGUGUAUGAGGGAGAGUGGGUAUUAGGGGAGGGAGAGAGGAUAUAGUUGUAGAGGUAGAGGGCCAUGGGAUUGUGGAUCUUUGUAGAAGGCGGGAGUAUGGGAGAUACAGAUCUCUGUAAGAAAGAAAGGGAAAUAGGUGUGUGGGGCAAGAGGAUAUGGGUGGGUGGUGAAGAAAGAGGGAGAGGGGGAGGUCUGAAGAAGAGGAGAAUGUGUAUUGUGUGAAGGGGCAAGAAAGAGGGUGGGUAUUAGGAGGAGGAUGACAGAGGUAGGAAUAUUGAAGGUGUGAAGGGGGGUAUAGAUAUGGGGAUAUGAAUACCAUGAGAAAAAAAAAAGGUAAAAGGAGGGAGGCAAGGAAGAAGACUGGAUAAGAGGAACUUUGGUAUGGGGAAGGAGGAACACUAGGUUCUACUGUUUCAGGUUAGACAAUCCCCAGAGGUGAAGGGAAGAUAAGGGGUCUGUGUGUGUAAAAGGGGAGGAACCUCUAUAUGAGCAGGGAAGGGCAGGGUCUGUGUGUGUAAAAGGUGUAGGAAGGAAUGUUCCUAUAAGGAGUGUGAGAAUAUAUUCAUGUAAAUGUGUGAGGCUGGGACAAGUGAGUGUGAGAAGAGGCUUUGAAUAUGUGUGACUAUAUCAUUAUUGGGGAAUGUGAACAUGUCUUAGUCUGUGUGAAUGUCUUUAAGAAGGGUUGCAGAUGUGAGUAUGAUGAGUGGUGAGGAUGCAGGUGAAUUUGUAUAUGAGAGGGAAAUGGUGAUAUUUAUGAAUGUAAGUGUAAAAGGGAAUGGAAUGGAGAAUGAAGGUAUGGAGGGAUGGUACAUAUGAGAAUGUAUGAGCAGUUACAGGUAGGGGAGGAGAGAUGAGUGUGAAAGAAGGGGGUUUAUGAGAGAGGGAAAGAUAAGGGUUUUGUGUAUAUGAGAGACAGAAUGAAGAUGGGUAUAUAAGUAACAGACUCGGGGAAUAGGUGAGGAAGAUGGAGUGAGUGUGUUGGGAAAGGCCUAAUUGUGUCUUAUGUGUGCAUGUGAGUAUAUGUGUUGUGUGAAUGCUAUAAGGGACAAGGGGCUAUUUGUGAUUGAAAGGAAGAUGGGGCUGUGUGAGAAAUGCAGGGCUCUAUGUGAAUGUAUCCCAGACCCAUUCUGGAGAAGAGGGCCGAUGGACGCCGCUGGUCUCUGGCCUCCCUUCCCUCCUCUGGCUAUGGCACCAAUACGCCCAGUUCCACAGUCUCUUCGUCCUGCUCCUCUCAAGAGCGGCUUCACCAGCUCCCUUACCAGCCAACGGUGGAUGAGCUGCACUUCCUGUCCAAGCACUUUGGCAGCACGGAGAGCAUCCCGGAUGAGGAUGGGGGCCGUCGCUCACCCGCUGCUCGGCCCCGCUCCCGAAGCCUCAGCCCUGGGCGCUCCCCUUCCUCUUAUGACAAUGAGAUCGUGAUGAUGAACCAUGUGUACAAGGAGAGAUUUCCCAAGGCUACGGCACAGAUGGAAGAGAAGCUACGGGACUUUACCCGAUCGUUUGAGCCUGAGAGCGUGCUACCGCUGGCCGAUGGCGUCCUCAGCUUCAUCCAUCACCAGAUCAUAGAGCUUGCUCGAGACUGCCUGGCCAAGUCCCACGAUGGCCUUAUCACCACUGUCUACUUCUAUGAGCUGCAGGAGAACUUGGAAAAGCUGCUACAGGAUGCUUAUGAACGCUCUGAAAGCCUGGAAGUUGCCUUUGUCACUCAGCUAGUGAAGAAACUGCUUAUUAUCAUCUCUCGCCCAGCUCGGCUGUUGGAGUGUCUGGAAUUUAACCCAGAGGAGUUUUACCACUUACUGGAGGCAGCUGAAGACCACGCCAAAGAAGGGCACCUGGUGAAGACAGACAUUCCUCGCUACAUCAUCAGCCAGCUUGGUCUCACCCGAGACCCCUUUCCAGAUGUAGUUCACCUUGAGGACCAAGACAGUGGAGGCUCCAACACCCCUGAGCAGGAUGACUUUGCAGAGGGGCGUGGUGCCACCCCCAAGGCCAAGAAACCCCCUGGUGAGAAUGACUUUGAGACCAUCAAACUCAUCAGCAAUGGUGCUUAUGGGGCUGUGUACUUGGUGAGGCACCGAGAGACACGCCAGCGCUUUGCCAUGAAAAAGAUCAACAAGCAGAACCUGAUCCUUCGCAACCAGAUCCAGCAGGCAUUUGUGGAGCGUGACAUCCUCACCUUUGCCGAGAACCCCUUUGUCGUCAGCAUGUUCUGCUCCUUUGAGACCAAACGCCACCUUUGCAUGGUCAUGGAAUAUGUAGAAGGAGGUGAUUGUGCCACACUGCUCAAGAACAUCGGGGCCUUGCCUGUGGAGAUGGCGAGGAUGUACUUUGCAGAGACGGUGCUGGCACUGGAGUACUUGCACAACUAUGGCAUCGUGCACCGAGACCUCAAGCCUGACAACCUCCUCAUCACCUCCAUGGGCCACAUCAAGCUGACGGACUUCGGCCUCUCCAAGAUGGGCCUGAUGAGCCUCACCACCAACCUGUAUGAGGGUCACAUCGAGAAGGAUGCCCGAGAGUUCCUGGAUAAGCAGGUAUGUGGGACACCUGAGUAUAUCGCACCUGAGGUGAUCCUGCGCCAGGGCUACGGGAAACCUGUGGACUGGUGGGCCAUGGGCAUCAUCCUCUAUGAGUUCCUGGUGGGCUGUGUGCCCUUCUUUGGAGACACCCCCGAAGAGUUGUUUGGGCAGGUCAUCAGUGAUGACAUUCUGUGGCCUGAGGGGGAGGAGGCCUUGCCUGCCGAUGCCCAGCUCCUCAUAUCCUCCCUCUUGCAGACCAACCCUUUGGUGCGCCUGGGUGCAGGUGGUGCCUUUGAGGUGAAGGAGCACAGCUUCUUCCGGGAACUGGACUGGACAGGCCUUUUGCGGCAGAAAGCUGAGUUCAUCCCCAACCUGGAGUCCGAGGAUGACACCAGCUACUUUGACACCCGCUCCGACAGGUACCACCAUGUCAACUCCUACGAUGAAGAUGACACCACAGAGGAUGAGCCCGUGGAAAUCCGCCAGUUCUCUUCCUGUUCUCCCCGAUUCAGCAAAGUAUACAGCAGCAUGGAACAGCUGUCCCAACACGAGCCCAAGCCUCCCACGAGUGGCAAGAGGGAAGCCAGCAGCAAGAGCCAAGAGGAGAAGGCAGCCAGCAAGCGGGAGGGGCUGGGCGGCCUCACUCUGCGUGACAAGAGUUGGAGGGGGGGGUCCCCCGAGAUCAAACGUCUGUCGGCCUCUGAGUCCUCCUUCCUGGAGGGGGAGGCCAGCCCCCCACUGGGUGCUCGCCGCCGCUUCUCGGCCCUCCUGGAGCCCAGCCGCUUUAGCGCUCCCCAGGAGGAUGAGGAUGAAGGGAGGGUACGGAGGCCUCCCCGGCCCAGCUCUGACCCCCCCGGUAGUCUAGACAGCAGAGCUCCCAAGGAAGGCACAGCUGGGGACAGCACCCCAAGCACUGGAGACUCGGAGACUGAAGUGUACUUGGAAGCCUUGAGGCACUGUAGCCAUUAUUUCCAACCAGGUGAAUUGGUCCCGCCCCCCAAAGAAGGAGACCCAUCAGCCCCCAAAGCCACAAAUGACCUGGUCCUUCGACGAGCAAGGCAUCAACAGCAGAUCUCUGGGGAGCCCUCAGAGAAGCGGCCCUCACGCCCUGGCGGCAAGGUCAUCAAGUCAGCCUCAGCCACUGCUCUGUCGGUCAUGAUUCCCACUGUAGAUCAGCAUGGCAGCUCUCCCCUGGCCAGUCCUAUGUCCCCUCGGUCACUCUCUUCCAACCCAUCCUCGAGGGACUCGUCUCCUAGCCGUGACUACUCCCCUGCGGUGAGCGCUCUCCGCUCCCCCAUCACCAUCCAGCGCUCGGGCAAGAAGUACGGCUUCACCCUCAGGGCUAUCCGUGUCUACAUGGGUGACUCAGACGUUUAUAGCGUCCACCACAUCGUGUGGCAUGUGGAAGAGGGAGGACCUGCCCAGGAGGCUGGACUUUGUGCAGGAGACCUCAUCACCCAUGUCAAUGGGGAGCCUGUACAUGGGAUGGUGCACCCAGAGGUGGUGGAGCUGAUCCUCAAGAGUGGGAACAAAGUGGCCGUGACAACCACCCCAUUUGAGAACACGUCCAUCCGCAUCGGGCCUGCCCGGCGCAGCAGCUACAAGGCCAAGAUGGCCAGGAGGAACAAGAGGCCAGCUGCGAAGGAGGGCCAAGAGAGCAGGAAGCGCAGCUCUCUGUUCCGCAAGAUCACCAAGCAGUCCAACCUCCUCCACACGAGCCGCUCCCUCUCAUCUCUUAAUCGAUCCCUCUCCUCCAGCGACAGCCUUCCUGGGUCCCCGACCCACGGCCUGCCCGCCCGCUCCCCCACACACAGUUACCGCUCCACGCCGGACUCGGCUUACCUCGGUGCCUCUUCUCAGAGCAGCUCCCCAGCGUCCAGCACCCCCAACUCCCCAGCCUCUUCCUCUCACCACAUCCGGCCCAGCACCCUUCACGGCCUGUCCCCCAAGCUGCACCGGCAGUACCGCUCGGCCCGCUGCAAGUCUGCUGGCAACAUCCCCCUUUCCCCACUGGCACACACGCCCUCCCCCACACAGUCUUCUCCGCCCCCACUGCCAGGCCACACGGUGGGCAGCUCCCACACCACCCAGAGCUUCCCUGCCAAGUUACACUCGUCCCCACCUGUGGUGCGCCCGCGCCCCAAGAGCGCUGAGCCCCCCCGGUCCCCGCUUCUGAAGAGGGUACAAUCUGCUGAGAAGCUCGGCUGCCCGCUGGGUACUGACAAGAAGGGGGCCCUGCGUAAGCACAGUCUGGAGGUGGGGCACCCUGACUUCCGCAAGGACUUCCAUGGAGAGCUGGCACUGCACAGCCUUGCUGAGGCUGAGGGCGAGACAGGUCCCACCUCCGCUGCUGCUGACGGGCCUGGGGCCCAGCGCCCCCCACCUAUGAGGCGACUGGGCCGCCAAGAGUCACCCCUGAGUCUGGGUGGGGGAGACCCUCUUCUAGCCGGGCCACGGGGGGGUGACGGCCCCAAGGAAGAAAAGUCGGCUGCUGGUCCAGGACCUCCCGGUCCAGGCAAAGUCCCAGAAGCCGAAGGGUCCUCCCGCAAAGAAAGGGAAGUGGGCGGCAGUCGGGGGGAGCCCCCAUGGUCAGGGGGCUGCGUCCCUUCUGGCUGUCCACCCCGGGCACCACCCCCAGGCCGGACUCUGGACCGAGAAGGGGCAGGCACGAGGCACCAGGGGGUGCAGACAGAGGAUGCAGGCGGGGCGGCCCGGGCCUUGGCCAAGGCAGCCCUGAGCCCCGUGCAGGAGUAUGAGGUGGGCAGACGCAGCAGUGCCAGUGAGGCGGCCACGUCCCCCCGGGGAGGCCCAGGCAAUGACCUGCUCCCCGUGCCCAUUGUUGUGGAGCCCAAGUCUGAGGUCAGUAGGCCUCCCCCUGAGGCCCCCGGGGGGAGGGUGACUAAGGAGCGCUGGGUCCUGGAGGUGGUGGAAGAAAGAACCACACUGAGCUUGCCCCGAACUAAAUCCACAUCUCCCAAACUCUCUCCAGAGCCCACGAGCUCUGCCCCGGUAGCGCCCCCACCUUCUGCUCGGAAUGGGUCUGGCCCUGAGCCAGGUCAUCCACAGGUCCCCACCGCCCUCCCCAUCCCAGCUCUCCCAGGCCCCAAGAGCGAGUCGGGGCUGCCUGUGCCCGGCCCAGGCCUGGCCAAGAAGGGGUCAGCGAACUGAGGGUGGGCCCAGACACUGCCCCACCUCUGGGCCUGUGAAAUAGGACUGGAGGGCAGCACCAGACUGUACAGUGGGUUGUAUACAUAUGUACACAUAUAAAUAAAGUGCGUGUUACGCAUCCUGGGCUCCAGGCUCUCUGGACCUGCCACAGGCGGCAGUGGUGAUAUCUGAGCUGUUGGGUUUUACUGGAAGGUGGCGAGGGAAGCGAGUGCUCACAUAGCAACCCAGCCAGAUACCCACACAGCUGGUGCCCUCAGAGGGCACCCGGGCGAGACCCUUCAUUCACGGGAGACAAAAUUCAGUCAGAACGGUAACACUCACGGUCAGCCCGAGACCCUGAGUCAGCGAGGAAAGCUGCCCCGCAGAGAGAGGUAUCUCAGAGUUCUGCUGUAACGUGGAGCUAUAUAUAGGAAAAGCUUCAGAAGGGUGGGGGGCCCCAGGGCGGCAGAUUAGAGACCUUAAUACCUCAGAUAACACGACUGAGGAGAGCAUUGCUAAGCCAUCCUCAGUGAGGGACUCUGCAGUGGG